AUGGUUGUGAGGGAACAGACACCGUCGGAAGUGCUUGCAAUAGUCCCGAUUCAGGUUUUUGUGCCGGCAUCCCAAACAACCACUGAGACAGAUUUUGAACCAACCCCUAUGCUACAGAUUGAAGGGACUACAGAAACCACUCCUGAAACCCCCAAACAACUUCAAGAGAUCACACCCACGGUUCCCCCAGCUCCAACUAAAAUUCAUCCAGACGCAGAAGACGCUGCUGCCCUGUUGAUGAUGGCACGGACAGCAUCCUAUGUUCCUAAAACAGAUCCAGGGGUGCCAUCAUUCAGCCUUGGAUUGACUGAUUCAAGCCAGGAGGGGGCGUCAACGCAGGAGACAGAAAGGGAAAAAUCUCCAGAAGCUGCGAAUUUGAUAGAACAAUUGGACAGUUUGGUCCAAAGAAUAACAAGCAGCGCGGCGAAAGGAAAAAACACAACACCUAAAACGCAGAGAGCAACAUAUAUCACAAGAGCUAAUAGCUUUGUUUCCAGGUUUGGGGACACGAAAAGCUCUUCCAUCAAACCAGGAAACUCAGUCCAAAUGCAGAAGCAAAGGUUGGAGGGUAAGGUGGCUCUAAUCACGAGAGCAGCCAUUGAAAUCGGAGAAUAA